CAUCUCGUCCAAAGCUCGACUCCUCCCACACUGCCACCCCAUCGGCGCACAAAUGGAUCCCCUUUCCAUCACCACGGGCGUCGCUGCCCUUUUCGGCACCUGCCUCAAUAUCGUCGAAAAGGUCGACGCCAUCAGGGAAGCGGGUGCGAGCUCCCGCGCGGCCAUGGUGCGGUUCGAAACGGACAAACUCCUGCUCGCCCAGUGGGGCAAGGAGGUCGGCAUUGAGGAUGGCGUGCUGCUGCCAACGCACCAUGAAUCCCUGGACGACCCCGCAGUUGCCGCAAUGGUCACCGAUAUUCUGGGCAAUAUCAGCGAUAUAUGCCUAACGAUCGACAGCUCCCUCAAAGGCCUUGCUUACAGGCCUGUAAAGCCCACCAAGGUCGUGAACGGGGACCUUGGUCCUGGCCUCGAAUCCCUUCGGCGGGCGCCCCACGAUGACCUUGCCAAGGGGGGGCUAGUGUCUGGGAAUGGGAGCUCAGCAAAAGGCAGCACGUCGAAGAUGGCCAAGGUGGGCUGGGCACUUGGCGGCCAGGCCCGGGUUGCGCCAAAGCUCGACCAACUGGGGAACCUAAUCAAGAGUCUGUUUAAAGUCGUGCCUAUUUCCGAUUCGGCGCUUCGGAAAGCAUUGGAAUAUCUGCAAAAGCAGCGAGAAAGCUACUUCAUCUCACAGCCCUGUGUCUUCGCUAUCUCGCGACAAAAUGCGUAUGGGAUACGGGGCUUUUGCUGGGAGAGAGGGAGGUGCUCAGAGCACUGAUUGCACUCGCUGUGGACAUGCUGGGUGCUCUGGGGCGGCAGCCCGAAAAUCAAGCUGUCCCGGCACUGAUUGCUGACAUGGUGCACAAGAUUCUCGAUCCGCGCAAAGGCAUCUGGUCAUCGCUCCAUCCACAUGUCUGGAGGCUUUUUCAGCACCACAGAUCAACGUCUAGAAUCGCAAAACUGUGGUACAGGGAGUCGCUAGGAGGGAGCGACAGCGGCCAAGGAAUGAUAGGAGAUAAUGCCCUAUGCUUCGCAGCCUGGAUAGGCCGCGAUGCUCUGCGACACAUCAGUACAGAAGCCAAGAUCCCUAUUAAUACAUCGACCCAGGAUGGGUGGACUGCCUUGCACAUUGCGUGCAUGCGGGAGGGGGGAGGCGAAUCUCUCGUCAAGCUGCUCGUCGAAUGUGGUGCCGACGUCAACGCCCAGACCACUACUAAUGGCGACACUGCGCUGAUGGUGGCCACGUACAAGGGGCGUGUGGGGGAGGCGAGGCUGCUGUUGGAUGCUGGGGCGAAGCUUCUUCGGACCAAGCGAGGCGGCUACACGCCCUUGCUUUCGGCCACGAUGGGCGGUUACGUGGAGCUCGUACGGCUUCUGCUCGAUCGAGGAGCCGACCUGGCGGUGACAAACGUCUGGAAAGAAACGGCAUUGCAUUUGGCAUACCUUGAACAACGUAACGACGUUGCCGCUUUGCUGUUGGAUCGGGGAGCGGACGUCACCAAGCGUUGUUCGUCCGGCAACGUGCCGCUUCAUCGUGCCCUCUGGAGAGGCCAAGAAUUAUGGAGCCCACUACUUGAAAAGGCCGCCGGCAUUGGAAUGUUGGAGGUCAACACGUCCAAUACCAUCGGAGAGACGCUUCUUCAUGCGGCGAUACUUGGGGCGAACCCCGCGAGCAGUUUUGCAGGCAGCGCGGCAGAGGCGCUACUCGACUUGGGCGCGGACGUCGAGGCAAAAUCGGACACGGGGAACACUGCGCUCACCCUUGCCGCGGCCCGUUUUGGCACCGAGUGGCUGCAGGGUCUGCUAGACAGAGGAGCAAAGGUCGACGCGCCAGGGGGCAGGGGCCGAACCCCGUUGCAUGCGGCUUUGCUGUGCGGCAACACCGCGUCCGCAAGCCUGUUUCUGGCACGAGGAGCUGAUCUUGCCCUUAAAGAUGGUGAUGGGUGUGUUGCCGGCCAUUUCGCUGCGAAGUCCAAUAAAGGAGCCUGCUUGCGCCUUGUGCUACAGCAAGGGGCGGAUAUCAACGCCAAAACAAACUUGGGAGAGCCCCUGCUGUUUUUCGGGAUUUCCUCUGGAGCUACCGAAUGUGUGGAAAUCUUGCUCAGCUCAGGGGCGACCCUCGCAGAUGUGGAUUCAGAUCAGAAUUCUGUGCUCCAUUGUGCAUGCUACUACAGCCAAGUGGACUGCUUCCAGCUCCUUGUCGAGAAAGGGGCCAAUCCCAUGGCUCUUAACAAUGCUCAAAACACCCCUGCACACGUUGCCGCCUGCGAGGACAGCCCAGGCUGCCUGCGACGUCUGGUAAACUUGGGGGUCGACAUAUUAGCAAGAAAUGAUCAUGGUCGAACGCCAAUCUUGGGCGCGUGCGAGGAUGGCAGCGCCGACUGCCUAAAGCUCCUCAUGGACGCUGGUGCAGACAUCCAGGUUCAGGAUAAGAAUGGCUACACUCCGGUUUCCCUCGCGGCUGCGGGGGGUCAUGGCGGGUGUUUGGAGAUGCUCCUGAAGGCCGGGGCGGACUGCAAUGUGGUCCAACGCAGUGGCCACCCGGCAAUUACCUAUGCAGCCCGGGGUGGGCAUGACGCUUGCUUGAAGCUGCUGCUCGACUACGGGGCUGAUGUCACGGUGGCGUACUCCGCAGGCUGGACGGCGGCGCACCAAGCCGCCGACGCCUGCCAGCUCGGCUGCCUCGAGCUCUUGCUGGACGCCGGGGCCGACUACAGCGCCGUGACCCUUGUCAACAGCGAGUCCGUGGUCCACAUGGCACUGUCCUCCGGCAGCCCCGCCGCGCUCGAGCUGCUGCUGGGCCGCGGUGCCGACCCCUUCACCCUGGACGGCGUCGGCAACAACCUGCUCGGCCGUCUCUGCAACAUACCGCCAGGGCGCAAGGGCUCCGUGGACCAGCUGCUCGACCUCCUGCUCACCCGUGGCCUCGACGCCCUCCACCGCAACGCCUACGGCAUGACGCCGCUCGCCGUCGCGGUUGCGCACGGGGAGGAGGCCAUGGCCAAGAGACUCCUCGCCGCCACCGAGGGCACCUUCGACCUGCCCGACGGCUUCGGCCGCACGCUGCUCUGGUGGGUCCGGCGCGCGGGCGGCCAAGUCGGCGGCCUUGUCGACAUCCUGCAGCGCGAGGCCGACAGGCGGGGGGUUACGCUGCCGCAGCCAGAGGCGGAAGUCGAAGUUGGCGGACAGUACGAGGCUGCCACCAUCCCGGGUUCUUACUGCGACGUUUGUACCCUUCAUAUGCACUCGGGUCAGGCUGGCUACCAAUGUCCUGUCUGCUGGGGUGGGUACUUUGUCAUGUGCCGCGAGUGCUAUGACCUUGGAGGGCGCUGUCUGGAGGGAUACCACGUCGCCAACGAGCUAACUUUUUGAGCAACCAAAAAGCGGGCGAGUGGUUGCCCUACUAAUAGAAAUUGGCGUUUCGAGGAGGAUCCGGGCGAGAAACAUCGGUUGAGGAAAUUUCUCACAUCUACAAGGAAGCACACUGCAUUCCGGCGUUGGAUUAGCGCUAUUCAAUCAGGAAAUCACAAGCAAGCCGUAUGGUUGCUGGCAUGACCUCCCGGUCACUAGGUAGCGGUGGACGGGGCCUCCUAAUCCCACC